UAAGAAUGUAAGUUUGAUAAUAAUGGCAUUUUGUGCCAAAUAAUAAUUUUUCUAGUUUUAUUUAUUACAUAUUUUCUUUGGCAAGAUGAAGUUUGGAUUCGCUGUAAUAUUGUUGGCCUCCUUUGCCUUUUCAAGGAUUUAUUGUUCUCUUCAUCAUAAGACAGAAGAGGAACUAUCUGAAUUGUUUUCAACAUAUGUCAUUACAAGUCCGGUUCAAGUUGACUCAGAUGGGAAAUUUUUAUCUUACGAUUUGAAAACUUCAAGUAUACGUAAGAGAAGAUCCGCAGCACACGAUCCCUGCAACACAACAUCUUAUGGACCAUGUCCCGGUAAUAAAGACAAUGAUAUAUAUUAUAAUAUCACGGCUUUCGGAGAGUCGUACCAUAUUGUUCUGAAGCAGAAAGAUCAACUUAUUGGCCCAAAUGCCAAAAUUGUCAGACAUUUAACGAACACAAGCAUUGAGGAAGACUUGAUAAGACAUGGAAUAUAUGCUGGCUAUGUUAAAUAUUUUGACAGAAGCAAAGUAGCAAUGACGAAUUUUGAUGGAUUGGCUGGAUAUAUCAAAACUGACAAAGGUGAAUAUUUUAUCGAACCAAUAGAACAAAGUCAGGACGAGAAUGAAAUUGAUAUCAAACCUCAAAGACAUAUUGUUUAUGAGAAACGUGAUCUUCUUUAUAAACCGGAAGGUAAAAAAGGAAACAGACAACAAACGCUGUGGCCAGCUGUGGAAAAUAUGAAAUUUCCAUCAUAUGAAAUGCUCGAUGACGAAAACAUCUUCGAUAACACAACUAAAAGAUCCAAGCGUCAGGUCAAAAAGAAAAAGAAAAUUUACAACAUAGAAGUACUGCUGACAGCUGACGACACCGUCAUCGAAUUUCAUGGCAAUGACAGAGUUCAAGAUUAUCUGAUAACACUUAUGAAUAUAGUUAAUGAGAUAUAUCAUGACGACACAAUCGGACAUCAAAUCAAUAUCAUUAUUGUUCGGAUAUCAUUGUUGAACAAGAAAGAUUCGAGAAAUCUAAUUGCACACGAUGAUCCUUCAGUAAGUCUUAAAAACGUUUGUAAGUGGGCACAUGACAUGUAUAAUGCUGGCCAUGAAGAUUCAGGAAGCACUUACGACCACGCUAUAUUUUUAACAAGACAAAAAUUUGGGCCGACAGGAAUGGAAGGUUACGCUCAUGUUACUGGGAUGUGUCAUCCACUCAGGAGUUGCACACUCAAUCAUGAAGAUGGUUUUUCAUCCUCGUUCGUCGUUGCUCAUGAGACAGGACAUGUUUUAGGCAUGGAGCAUGAUGGCGAAGGUAAUAAAUGUGGAGACGAGACGAGUAUGGGAUCAAUUAUGGCUCCACUUGUUCAAGCUGCAUUUCAUCGUUAUCACUGGUCAAGAUGUAGCCAAUAUGAGUUGAAGGGACAUAUUCGAAAGUUUGACUGCUUGUUGAAUAAUCCUCACACACCUGACUGGGGAGUCACUCCAGAAUAUCCUGGAGUUUAUUAUUCGUUGGAUGAUCAAUGUAGAUUCGAUUUUGGUCCUGGAUAUAAGCAAUGCAUGGCUUUUCAAAACCUGGAUGUCUGUAGAACUCUAUGGUGCAGUCAUGACGAUAAUCCCAAAUUUUGCAAAACUAAAAAUGGGCCGCCUGUAGAUGGAACGGAAUGUGCGGAGAAUAUGUGGUGCUUCAAAAGUCAUUGCGUCUGGAGAAAUCAGCGACAAGGUCCGGUAGACGGGGCUUGGGGAGUUUGGUCAAGUUAUGGAAUAUGUUCGAGAUCGUGCGGGACGGGGGUCAUGAUGAGAACGCGUCAAUGCAACAGACCUCGGCCAGCAUACGGGGGCAAAACGUGUCCCGGAUUGUCCAUCGAAUAUGGGCUUUGUAACAAACAAUCAUGCGUUGGAUCGUACGAUUACAGAGCAGAACAAUGUAUAUACCAUCAGAAAAAGGAAUAUGCAAAUCGUAGACAUACUUGGUUACCGUAUGAAAGUGAAAUAGCUGAUUUGAAAUGCGAAUUGUUUUGUACAUCGAAAGAAACAAACACAAUAUUAUCAAUGGGGUCUCCUGUCGCUGAUGGCACGAGAUGCAGCUAUGAUGAUCCAUAUAGUAUUUGUAUUAACGCAGAAUGUAUGAAAGUUGGGUGCGACGGUAUUAUUGGAUCAGACAAGCGCGAUGAUGAAUGUGGAGUAUGCGACGGUGAUGGGAGUCAGUGCAGACGAAUAAACUCAACUUACAGAAAAUUGAUCAGAAAACCUCAUAAUAGUUACAUGAAAAUGUUUGCAAUACCAAGGAAAGCAAGACGAGUUCAGAUAAAAGAAGCAAUGCCUGAUCCAACCGAUAUCAUAGCUUUGAAAAAUCGACGAACUGGAAGGUAUGUGUUGAACCAAAAAGGGUCUAUAAGUGAAGGAGAUGUCCAAAGACAAAUAAUCGAUGCUGGUACUAAAUGGACCUACACAAGAAAUCGAGAUAAGGAAAUGUUACAGUCAGAAGGACCCUUGCAAUCCGAUUAUGCUAUAAUGCUUGUUUCACGAAAUCGUGGGAAGCGAGUAAGAGUUCAUUACAGUUAUGUACUGCAUUCAAGCGCUGUAGAGAACGGAUUAUAUCAGUAUGAAAUACGAAGAUGGUAUCCAUGCUCCGUUACCUGCGGAGAAGGAACGAGGUUAGCCAGGUUUGGCUGCAGGAACAAGUGCACAAAGAAGUGGGUGCGAAAAACCUAUUGCAUUACUGUACCACCAAGACGAAUACGUGAACGAUGCUCCAAGGAAUGCGAGUCACGAGCCAGAUGGCAUGUUGGGCAUUGGAGCACUUGUUCAAUAUCGUGUGGUCAAGUUGGCAGAAAGACUCGAAAAGUUUAUUGUGAAAGACAAGACAGUCAUGAAUCAUGGGGAAAAACAGAAGACUUAGCAUGCAGGAAUAUUUCGGCAAAACCAUCAUCAAAUAAAGCAUGUCCAAGAACAACAUGUCCAUCAGAGUGGAGAACUGGGAACUGGUCUUUGUGUUCAGUUUCUUGUGGUAGUGGAAUUCGUAAACGCCGAGUAGCAUGUGUAUCGACAGGUAAAAUCGUUUCGGAUGUUCAAUGCUUGGGAACAAAACCGAUGGACGUUGAAGAUUGUCACCGACCAGGAUGUUCUGAGAAAAUCUGCGAAAGAGAUGAAUCUAACUCUAUCUGCAACAUUGAUUCAAUGGCAAAAUAUUGUUCAGUAGCUGGAUUUUAUCAACUGUGUUGUCAUUCCUGUAGAUCCAGAUACGCCAGACAUAGCCAAGGUACUCGGGUGCACAGAGCUACAAAGAAUAAUAAUUCUCGAUCUCCGAGAUAAAUACAAUAUUUCAAAUUACAAUAUUAUCUAACGACUCUAAUACUGCGGUUAAAGCUAUUUAAGACAAGAGAGCUGUGCUCAAAUAUAUUGACACGUCACAAGGUGUCGCUAUUUUUUAUUCUGACACAUAAAAAAACGAAUCUCUUAAAGUCCACAGAAAUUUUUGAAAUAAGUAAAAGUAAUAGCCAUCUGGCAAAAAUAUCAUUCUUUAACCACUGAAAAUUUCAUAGCAAUUGGUCCAGUAUUCGAAGGGAAAAGCGAUUUCAUCAUGACGAAAGAGAAGAAUAAUACGAACAGGAACAACAACCUAAUAUUGAAACGAUCGUUAUGUACACUGACGUGUCCAAUAAUUUGAGCCUAUCAAAACAAACAAUAGGUUCUUCCCCCUCUAAAUUUGUACCAAUAGUACCAGUACCAACAGUCGACUGAAUUCUGAACCACAGUGCAGACCUUUCUCAGGGGUAAAAUUUUAGGAACCAGAUUAUCUUGCAAUAACCAAUAUCGCGUACAGUGAGUUGCCAGGCAGAAGAGCGUUGCCAAAAUACAAUUUACGCUACUUCAAGACUCAAUAAUAGACUUAUUAUUAGCAACGAAUUAUAAAUUUGGUGACAUGCAAACAAUAUAUAUAUAAUACCACAAGCGCAUUUAUCAAUUGUGAAUUCUACCACUAUACUGUACUUGCUCUUUAUCGCAUCGACUAUGUUCCGAGCCAAUCAGCAAUAGCAUAACAGUGUCGCCACAAUAAGUUUUCAGCAGCUGCUCAGACACCCUUUCAACUCAGACGUCAAGUAUGGUGAAUAUGUACUAGUUUCCGUCGUUUUGACUACCAGUUUCUUAGUAAUGUGUCUAAAAUUUAAGAUAAUCCAUUUCAUCUCAUAAGAAUCAGUUUACUGGCUGUAACCAAUAACGGAACGAUUUUUAUUAGCUUACAUAUUCUGGACAUUAAAAUCUGGAACGCAAGCCGUCAGGUGGCACUGGUGUAUCGUGCCUCUUCAAUUGCGUUACCAUAAAAAAAUGAUACGGCACGAAAAUGAGAUACUUUCGCUGGCAACUGUACGUACGCUUUACGUGAUAUUUUUUGCAGAUGUAGUUCGAGGAGAGACAUAAGGUGAAGAACAGAAUAAACUGGGACCACAAAUCAGAUCAGCAUUAAAAUGAAACACGGGGCUUACGACGAUGGUGGACCGGCACCAAGUUACUGACCAACCAAAGUGCCGUAGCGUAUUAAUGAGAGACAAGACUACAGUAGUCAAAUAGUAGACCUCGUGGUGAUCUUACGCAGCUGCGCACUGUAUCGGACUUAUUCUUAUGACACGUUUGCUUGUGGUACUGGUACCAGUAAACUACAGCAAGCAGCAAACCCAAGUUAUCGUAAUUAGCAGUUAAGAUUUUAAAUUACCCCUACAUUAUGCGAAGUGCGUACCAAUAAGUUAUUUUUUGAACUGACGUACCGUACAUUUACUGGAUUACUAUUCCACGUAUAUUGGAUACACGUGGAAGGUAGGCAGGCACCCAGCCAAGAAAUUUGCUAGUUUUGCGGCAAGUCAAAAUUUAUGGUAGCACGUAUAUAUAGAUAGAGUAGAAGCUUUGGCUGUAAAAAAAUAAUUUUGUCGAAAGACGUCUAGAAUAGACGAGCCCUUGCCGAAACCUUAAUAGGACUAUUAGAUACAAUGGCGAUACAACACCUUAGCACCAUCGGUUCGCAAUAAUAGAACCUAGCAACUUGGACAAUAGAGACCGUUUUUUCGUACUAUUUGCAUAUUAUGGCGUUUCCAGUGCUCAAGCUUUUUUCCGUAAACAGUGUUCUGUGCUUGAAUAUAACUAGAAAGAAAAAAUACUAGGUUGUUAUUAUGAAGGUACACGGAUAGGUAAAACUUCUUUGUUAAGUGCGUUUGGCAAGUUGUUGGUGGGGGUUAAUUGGGCGUCGAUCGUUUAAUCACGCGAGAAUGGUAGGUUAAAGUAUUACGUUGACGGUUUCGUUGUUUCACGCGCAAGCGACACUUUCACUUAUGAAAUUUAGUACGUCGCAGUUGUGCGGAUGAAUAGCAAUCUGCGGGACCACUUUAUGGGCCCUAAAAGCGGAGGAGCUUGGCACAAACUUUCACAAUCUUCACAUUUCCGACAAUUACAAUCCAGCGACCACGAGCUCUGGAGAGCUUAUUGGACACCGGAAACGGCAUUCCAAGUGAACAACGAUUCCUCAGUGUACGAUACGACACCACCAACAAGCGGUACGAAAAUACACAUUUGCGUCAACGCAGCAAUAUUUCCUGUGUACCGUGAUGCUCAUAACUCUCAAUUUAGCAAACAAGGAAGCUUUUGCCGUUUAGUUUUAUUACACCAACUGAAACAAAAUUAACUUUAACUGAACACUAUUCCAGAACUUUUGGAUUUCUGGACUUCCGUGCAAAUGAAAUUGCAGCUAAGGCGAUAAUUAUCAACAGCAGCACUACAGAAAUAGUUGUGGCGAUUCCAAUCUGGAUGCGUCUGAUUCC